AUGUGGAUGUUGUUAACUCUCUGUCUUUCUUCUUCAUCAGUGGUCUGCUGUGUGGCCUUCUACCUGUGGCAAGAGCAGUUGUGUUUUGCCGGUUUGACCUUUGCCCUCUUGCUGCCCGGGUCACUGGUGCAGGUGUUGAGCUUCAGGUGGUACAGAGCCGACGGAGACACGCACACCUGCCACAACUUCAUCAUACACACACUCCAUCUGGGCAUCUUCAAAAGGUUUUGGGACUGUGGUGUGUGUGAAUGGACGUCUCCGGGCUCAGCAGGCUCUCAUGCGCAGGAGGUGAUGCAGCAGGCGGAUGUGUCUGCUCUGCGUCUGCUGGAGGUGUUACUGAUGACCGUCCCGCAGACACUCCUGCAGACCUACGCCCUCACCGUCACUGACUACGGCCUCUCCUCACCAGUGGCUCUAUGCAGUGGCGUGUGUCUGCUGUCUCUGUCAUGGGCGCUGGUGCUCUACAGCCGGGCCUGCUGUUUGAUUCGUCCUGGGCAUUUGCAGAUGCCGCCGGCAGCUCUCCUCUGCCAGCUGCUGUGGAGGACAGGCAUGUUAGCGGCCCGCUUCACCAGCCUCGCCCUGUUCACCCGCACCUUUGGCUGCUGGCUCAUCGGGGUCAUUGCGUCUCAUUGGCUGAUGGCAGCGCUGUGGUUGGUCUCCCAGCAGACGGACAUAUAUGUGGGCCAGUGGUCAUGGCGGGUGUUUAACUUCAUUCUGGGAGGCGUUCAUGUGUUUCUGUUCCUCAAUGUGAAGGACGGUCCGUCCCGCUUCCGGAUGGCAGGAUUCUACACGGUGAUGCUGUUGGAAAAUGCUACACUGCUAUUGGCUGCGUCUGACAUUCUGACUGAUCCAUCAUGGGAUAGCCUGACCGUCCCCACUGCUGUCCUGUGCAGCUUCCUGCUCGGUCUGACGUCUCUAAUAUUAUACUACCGUUUCCUGCAUCCCAAGUCCACCGAAAUCUCUCAGGGUCUGCAUCAGCGCGCGCACAUGGGCCGUGAGUGUCUCCAGCAGACCGACUCCUCCUUCUCUCUGGGAGAUAAACGUCUUCCUCCGGCGGCUCUUCCGGUCCUCUUCCGCUCCUCCCACCCUUCCUUCUCUCUCUCUGGGAUCCCAGGAUCACUUCUGGAGCAUCCCGGCAGCUGUGGCGUCAAACCGGACGGAGAGUGUCGGCACCAUCACUGGCUGCUCAUCCGCCUGGCAUUAAAAACAGGAGACCCGGUGAAGAUCAACAGUGCUUACGGGGCAGGAGGAGUAUCCGGGAUAUUAGUGGUGGAUCAGAAAGCGGAAAUGAUUGACGACGGGUGCGUUUCCGCAUCUGAGAGCCGGGACGAUACGAUGGCGCCGCUGUCCGACUGCAGGGAAGAGUUCGAGAGCAUGAGCGAAGCUAAAGAUGAUGAAGAUGACAGUCUGGAAAUGGAGAGUCCUUUAGAGUCGCCUGUUACUUUAUCAGACUGUAAACGCAGCUCGCCUGAAGGGAAGUCUGUAUUCGGGGACAGUCCGGAACCUAAUUAUUGCCCAACAGAAUCAAGCUCUACUUUAUACUUCAGUGCUGACCCGCAAUCACCGAGCAGCUCCAGUAAUCCACGUCUGGAUCGAGAAACGCCGUUCAGUUUCGGGUCUGGAACUGGACUGGAGACUCUGGAUGAGCUGAGCCCAAUUUCUACAGAUGGUGGCCUGCAGAGGGAUCUGGUCAGGGGGCUUUUGGGCCGAGCGGGACCCUGUUACACCUCCGCUCCCGGGUUAAAUGGAGAGGCUUCAGGAUCACUCCUCAGGGGCCCUCGCAGGCAGGUGGUUUUGUCCCGAAGGGGUCCUGAAGACGAUGUCGGGUUUUAAAGGGAUGGUUCACCCCAAAAAUGAAUAUGUACUAUUUGUUUACUCAGCCUCAAGGGGUUUCAAACC